AAACCCCCAGUAUUGAAAAACUACUAUCAAAAGAUUGGAAAGACAAGCUCCUUGCCAUGGGAUCAGGGAACUUUGGAGAAAUAAAAGGGACUCCAGAGAGCCUAGCUGAGAAAGAGAGGCAGCUUAUGGGCAUGAUCAAUCAGCUGACCAGUUUGCGGGAGCAGCUGCUGGCGGCUCACGACGAGCAGAAGAAAUUGGCGGCCUCGCAGAUUGAGAAGCAGCGCCAGCAAAUGGAGCUAGCCAAGCAGCAGCAAGAACAGAUCGCAAGACAGCAGCAGCAACUUCUACAACAACAACACAAAAUCAACCUGCUUCAGCAACAGAUCCAGGUCCAAGGUCAGCUACCGCCACUAAUGAUCCCCGUAUUCCCUCCAGACCAGCGAACCCUAGCAGCAGCAGCCCAGCAAGGAUUCCUCCUCCCACCUGGUUUCAGCUACAAGACAGGCUGCAGUGACCCUUACCCUGUUCAGCUGAUUCCAACAACAAUGGCAGCUGCUGCCGCAGCAACCCCAGGCUUAGGCCCACUGCAACUGCAGCAAUUAUAUGCUGCGCAACUUGCAGCCAUGCAAGUAUCUCCUGGUGGAAAGAUAUCCGGCAUCUCCCAAAGCAACAUUGGUGCAGCAGUAUCGCCGACUAAUAUUCACACUGACAAGAUCGCAAUCAGCCCACCACCCAAAACCAAGGAUGAUGUGGCUCAGCCGUUGAAUCUCUCAGCCAAGCCCAAGACAAACGACAGCAAGUCUCCCUCGUCACCUACUUCUCCUCACCUGCCAUCGUUGAGAAUAAACAGUGGGUGCAGCUCGUUGAAAUCUUCGAUGCCAGCAACGUUAGCUAGUCCAUCAGCCAGAGUCAACACAAUAGAUAUCCUCUCCUCCAUCACAUCAUCAGGUUACUUAAAUGAUCACGAUGCUGUUACCAAGGCGAUUCAGGAGGCUCGGCAAAUGAAAGAACAGCUCCGGCGAGAACAACAGGUGCUGGAUGGAAAGGUUGCAGUUGCAAACAGUUUGGGUUUAAACAACUGCAGGACAGAUAAGGACAAAACGACACUGGAGAAUCUGACUCAACAGCUGGCAGUCAAACAGAACGAAGAUGGGAAAUUUAGCCACGCGAUGAUAGAUUUCAACAUGAGCGGAGACUCCGACGGAAGUGCGGGAGUCUCAGAAUCUCGUAUUUACCGAGAAUCCAGAGGGCGUGGGAGCAACGAGCCGCACAUCAAGCGCCCGAUGAACGCCUUCAUGGUGUGGGCAAAAGACGAACGGCGGAAGAUCCUCCAGGCUUUCCCUGAUAUGCACAACUCCAACAUCAGCAAAAUAUUGGGAUCUCGCUGGAAAGCUAUGACGAACCUUGAAAAACAGCCAUACUACGAGGAGCAGGCUCGCCUCAGCAAGCAGCACCUGGAGAAGUACCCAGACUACAAGUACAAACCCAGGCCAAAGCGGACGUGCUUAGUAGAUGGCAAGAAGUUACGGAUCGGCGAAUAUAAGGCAAUCAUGAGGAACCGACGUCAAGAGAUGAGGCAAUAUUUCAAUGUGGGACAGCAAACUCAGAUUCCUAUUGCAACAGCCGGUGUCGUCUACCCAGGAGCCAUCGCCAUGACAGGAAUGCCCUCCCCACAUCUUCCCUCCGAGCAUUCGAGUGUAUCUAGUAGCCCAGAGCCCGGGAUGCCCAUUAUCCAGAGCACUUACGGCAUCAAAAAUGAGGAGACUUCUCAUGUCAAAGAGGAGAUACAGAGCGAGGACCUCAACGGUGAAAUGUACGAAGAUGAGGAAGAGGAGGAAGAGGACCCUGAUGUAGACUACGGCAGUGAUAGCGAAAAUCACAUUGCGGGACAAGCCAACUGAUCACGGGUUCCCAUUCUUGGUUUUGACCUCGGAGGACUUUAAUGGAGAGCUCCGUCUGGUUUCUUACCCAUUGGCCAAGCACAUGAACUUUACCCUCACACACUGACUGUUACUUAAAACUUUUUAGUCUUAACUAGUUUGGGACAUCAGCUUAUCAGGAGAUAUCAGCCUGCAUUGAGAACUUUUGGAAAAAGCAAGAAAAGAAUUCUAAAGGAAAAAAAAAAGACAAAAAAAGACAAAAGGCUCAGAGGAAGAAACCCUUAUCAAGAAAGUCAAUAAUGACAGAGAUUUAAAACAAACAAACAAACAAAAAAAGAGGACAAAAUAAGCUAUGGGUAACAUAAUGCCAGUAAUUCAGCUGCUAUACCCAAGCACUGAAGUCUUACCCGUUCGACCUUUUAUUAUUAUUUUUUUUUUCAAAUAAACUUUAUGGCUAUUUGUUCUAUAAUGUUCUAGAAAAUUCUCACUCAGGUACACAGUGCCAACAAGUGGCUUGUGAAUGUGUUCUGUUGU